UCCUAUAAGCUCACGCCCUAGUCUUUGUGUAUAUGAGAAAUUUCAGUGAGAAUUUUACAUUCUGAGAGGUGAAGAAGAAAAUCUUACCCAAAAAACGGGGGAAAAUGGUUGAAGCCGGACCUUCAAUCUUCUCGAUGACUUGCGGAAAAUCUCGGAGAGGGUUUUGGAAAGCCGUGUAAUUGAUUUCUAGGGUUCGUUUAUUUCUUUCAAAUCCGCUUCUCUCUUGUUUUUAUUUGAGAUAGAUUCAUAUCAGUUCUCAAUUGGUGAUUUCCUUCUACUCGUUCGUCGUGGCAAUGCUUGUAUUAUCUGUAUCUGGUUUGUUAGAAUGUGUAAUUGGAUGAAGAAGAGGAUCUUUCGAGUUUCGGUCGACCAAACAAUACGUUUCUAUGCGGAUGAGUAGAUUAUAAGUCAGGGACGACGUUUGUGUUAUCAAUUUUAUUUGUGAUUCUUGUCAUGCGAUUGUCGUCGGAAUCUGUUUCAUCGUCAUUGAAGCAGAGCGGCAAUCGGUCUGGGUCUAGGCUGAAGAAGAAGCACAAGAGGCUUGAUGCCAUAUGCGAGAAAGAGUAUAGUCGAAACCAUGGCGAUGUGAAUGAGAAUGGUAGUGGGUUGGGAACUGCGGAGGUUGACUUUGGACUUCGACGGAGCAACCGUGUCCGUCGGGCCCCAGUCUUGCUUGAUGCUUCACCGUCGCCAAGGAAGAAGCGACGGAAGAUUCAUGGGAAUGGAACUUUGGGCAUUAAAAAGAGUGCCGAGACUCUGGCUCAGUUGAGUGACGAUUUGAAUGAUGAGGCCCAGGGCAAUUGGGGAACAAGGUUGAGAGCAAGGAACAGUAAUUUGGGGCUUAGAGUGGACAAAGGCGCUCGUGCAAGCAGGAAAAGGAAGCUUUUUGAUGCAAUAAGUGAUGUGAAGGUAAAAGAUAGUGGAAUGAAGAUGGAUUUGGAUGAGAAAAAGGGAAAAUUGGAAGAUGGGGAAUCUAUGGUUGGAAGGUCUAACCGAUCAAGAAGGAGGAGGUUUGGAGCGAUGAAUGGUCCAAUUAGAACUGAAAAAGAGGUGAAGUCUCCUGAAAUUAAGGAUGAUUACGACAGGGAACACAAGUUAGCGAUUAAUAUUGAAGAUGAGGAGCAGGAAGAGGAAGAGGAAGAGGAGGAGGUGGAAGAAGAAGAAGAAGAGGAAGAGGAAGAGGAAGGGGAAGAAGAAAAGGAAGGGGAAGGGGAAGAGGAAGAGGAAGGGGAAGGGGAAGGGGAAGAGGAAGAGGUGCUGGAGCGCAAAGAAGUCAUGAUUGCAAAGGAGGAGAGACGGGAGGAUGUUUUGCCUUUGGAAGAUGAAGUGGAUGAUGAAAAUGUAAAAGCAGCAGAUAAUAUUUUCCCUCAGUUUAUUGAAAAAUUGGAGAAAGAAACUUUGAGUCAUUUGCACAUAGAUGAGGCUUGCAGUGCUGAUCACAAUAAAGAACCAGCCAAUGCAGUCGACAAUUCAAACAACGGUGAGAUACAGGUGGAAAAAUUAAUGUUCUUACAUGAUGGUGAAAAUGAAAUACAUGAUGUAGAAGCUGCUGGAGUUUCAACAAAUGAAGUGGUAGGUGGAAGGUGUUGCAAAGAGAAAGAUGUUGAUUUGGGCAAGUUUGCUGAAAAGUCUAUGCAACACGGUGGUGAUUUAAAUUUAAAGAAGUUUAGAGAUAGUUCCACUGGUAGAUCGGGUAAGGCUCACAUUAAAGAGGGAAGAAGGUGUGGAUUAUGUGGAGGAGGAAUUGAUGGCAAACCUCCCAAGAAGUUAGUUCAGGAUUCAGGUCAGAGUGAAAAUGAAGCUUGUAGUGGCUCUUCAGCUUCAGAGGAACCAAAUUAUGACAAGUGGGAUGGUUUUGGUGAUGAACCUGGAUGGCUUGGACGCCUAUUAGGUCCCAUUAAUGAUCGUUAUGGCAUUGCUGGAAUAUGGGUCCAUCAACACUGUGCAGUUUGGAGCCCAGAGGUUUAUUUUGCUGGAUUGGGAUGCUUGAAAAAUGUAAGGGCUGCUCUUUGCAGGGGAAGAGCAUUAAAGUGCACUCGCUGUGGGAGACCUGGUGCAACCAUUGGAUGUCGUGUUGAUCGAUGCCCAAAAACUUACCACUUGCCUUGUGCACGUGCUAAUGGUUGCAUAUUUGAUCACCGGAAAUUUCUCAUAGCUUGCACAGAUCAUCGCCAAAUCUUCCAACCUCAUGGUAAUCAAUAUUUAGCUCGGAUAAAAAGAUUGAAGGCCAAGAAAAUGAAAUUGGAAAUAAAGAAGUCAUCAAAUGAUGCUUGGCGAAGGGAUAUUGAGGCUGAAGAGAAAUGGUUGGAGAACUGUGGCGAGGAUGAAGAGUUUCUGAAAAGAGAGAGUAAGAGACUUCAUCGAGAUUUGGUAAGAAUUGCACCUGUGUACAUUGGUGGUUCAAACUCAGAAGGUGAGAAAUUAUUUCAUGGAUGGGAAUCUGUUGCUGGGCUUCAAGGUGUCAUCCAAUGCAUGAAAGAAGUAGUAUUCUUACCUCUUUUGUAUCCUGAGCUUUUUGAUCGCUUUGGGAUUACACCUCCUAGGGGCGUUCUUUUGCACGGAUAUCCUGGAACCGGUAAAACACAUGUUGUGCGAGCAUUGAUAGGUUCUUGUGCUCGUGGUGAUAAACGUAUAGCCUAUUUUGCUCGUAAAGGAGCCGAUUGCUUAGGGAAAUAUGUUGGUGAUGCAGAACGUCAGCUAAGACUUCUAUUUCAAGUUGCGGAGAGAUGCCAACCUUCCAUUAUAUUUUUCGAUGAGAUUGAUGGGUUGGCACCUUGUCGUACAAGGCAGCAAGAUCAAACCCAUAAUUCAGUUGUGUCUACAUUGCUUGCUCUAUUAGAUGGUCUAAAAUCUCGGGGGUCUGUUGUAGUUAUUGGUGCAACAAAUCGCCCAGAGGCAGUUGAUCCAGCUUUAAGGAGGCCUGGGAGAUUUGACCGGGAGAUUUAUUUUCCUUUGCCAUCGGUUGAGGAUAGGGCUGCUAUUCUCUCCCUUCACACUCAAAAGUGGCCAAAGCCAAUUGAUGGGCCCUUACUCCAGUGGAUUGCUAGAAGAACUGCAGGGUUUGCUGGUGCUGAUCUUCAGGCUCUUUGUACUCAAGCAGCCAUGAGUGCUUUGAAAAGAAAUUUUCCUCUUAAAGAAGUUUUAUCAGAUUCUGGUGAACAAGCAUCGAGAGAUAACCGCCCUCCUCUUCCUUCCAUUUUAGUGGAGGAGCGAGAUUGGUUAGAAGCUCUAUUAUAUUCUCCACCUCCAUGCUCACGCAGAGAAGCAGGAAUGGCUGCCAAUGAUGUGGCAUCCUCUCCUCUUCCCUCCCAUCUCAUUCCUUUUCUGCUUCAACCACUGUCAACUUUACUUGUUUCCCUGUAUCUUGAUGAACGCAUCAGCUUGCCAGCUAAUCUUUUCAAAGCUGCAACUUUAAUUAAAAGUGUGAUUAUUUCUGCUUUGGAUGGAAGGAAAAUUGUCACUAGUUGCUGGUGGUCCCAUGUUCACGAUUUUGUUAGGGAUGCUGAUAUUGCAAAUGAGAUAGAGAUAAAGCUGCAGGGUUCUGGAGUGUUACUUGGGGAUUCUACUUUUGGUUGUUCUGGUGUUGUCAACAAUGAUUCCUGUAAUGAAAUUUCGAAGUUUGAACGGUCUGUAGGUCAUCGUGGUAGCCCAUCCACGACCAUGGUAGAGCACACAUCAUUCGACUUGGGAAACAAGUCUGGCUUUCGUAUUUUGAUUGCUGGGAAUCCUAGAUCUGGACCUAGGCAUCUUGCUUCUUGCCUUCUUCACUGCUAUAUUCAACAUGUUGAAAUUCGGAAAGUUGAUAUAGCCACAAUUUCACAAGAAGGACAUGGUGAUUUGGUGCAAGGCAUAUCUCAGAUAUUAUUGAAUUGCCCUAGCACGGGAUCAUGUAUUGUGUUCAUGCCAAGAAUUGAUUUGUGGGCUGUUGAGAUACAAAAUCAAACACCUGAGGAGUCUGAUUUCUGUCUGAACGAAGAUCAGUACCCCAAUGAUGGAAUUAGUGUCAAAGAUGGUUACGUUGGUGGAAGGGAAAACCAUCGUUGUUCAGACGCAGACCAAAGCAAAUCAACGGAGAGGACUGGAUUUCAAGGUGUUAUUUCUGGGGCUUCACAUGCUUGGGAAAACCAUCGUUGUUCAGACGCAGACCAAAGCAAAUCAACGGAGAGGACUGGAUUUCAAGGUGUUAUUUCUGGGGCUUCACAUGCUUGGAGUUCAUUUGUUGAGCAAGUUGAAUCUCUAUCUACACCCUUGAUGAUUUUGGCCACAUCAGAAGUUCCAUUUUUGCUACUUCCACAAGAGAUAAGGCAGUUCUUCAGGAAUGAUUUAUCAAUUUGUCGGCCAACUACUUCGGAGCACACAGUACCUAGAUUCUCUGUGCAGAUUGAUGGAGGUUUCAACCAUGACAUGGUGAUCAAUCAGUCUGCAGCAGAAUUAUCAAGGGACAUAGCAAAACUUCUUGUUCAUUUGAUUCACCAAAAGUCUCACACCAAAACAUCUGCAUGCACAAAGUACCAAAUUUCUGUCAUCCAAGGUGAGAGUAAUGCAGCAAAUCAGCAAACAGAUAAAGAAACAGCCAAUGGGCAAGCUGGGGAAAAGAAGUCCCCUGACGUAAAUCCUGUUAGAGUUGCGCCACUACCUGGCUGUAGAACUAUAAGAGUGAAAUCAAAUUUGGUUUCAGUAAUAUCUACUUUUGGCUAUCAAAUUCUGCAAUACCCUCAUUUCGCUGAACUUUGUUGGGUGACAUCAAAGUUGAAGGAAGGCCCAUCUGAGGACGUUAGUGGACCAUGGAAGGGAUGGCCAUUCAAUUCUUGUAUUAUUCGCCCGAUGAGCGCAUUGGAGAAGGUAGCAUCAAGCAGCUUGAGUAAUGGAAAAUCUAAAGAAAUUUCAGGUAUUGUAAGAGGCUUGGUUGCUGUUGGUUUAUCAGCAAUCAGAGGGGCCUACACAUCAUUAAGGAAAGUCUCUUUUGAUGUACGAUUGGUUCUUGACCUCCUAGUCGAACAAAUAAAUGCAAAAAUCAGUGCUGGGAAAGACCGGUAUCAAUAUGUUCGCCUUCUAUCGCAAGUUGCAUAUCUGGAAGAUGUAGUUAAUAACUGGGCCUUCACACUGCAAAGCUUGGAACAGGACUCUCAAAAAAUGGAAGCGUCAAAGAAUCACACUUCGGGUGGUAAUGAGUUCCAAUGUAAUGAGGUUCAGUGUGAGGAAAGUAUUCGCGUUGUGUCCGAGAAAAGCUCUCCUACACAUGAAAUUCUGGAAGUCAGUCGUCAGGGACCUGUUGAUGAGAAAGUUGUAUGUAAUGGUUCCUUGGGAGAUGGAGAUGUUGAUCAUUCCCAUUCCAAGGACGGAACAUUCAUAUCAGAAGGAUGCGGUGAGAAGAAUUUCUGCUUCUGUAAUUCAGUCUUUAAUGAGUCCCAUCACGAUGCUGCUGCUGCUGCUGAUGAUCACUUAGCUUAUAAUAUUCCAUCGAAUCAUAAUGAUGAGGCAACAGUAGUUGGACCUGAUGAUUUGGGCAACGGAAGAAACUGCACAUCGGUUGAAACACCUUUAAAUUUGAGAACAGAAUCAGUUGUCGAUUUAGAACAUCAUCAUAAAAAUUCAAGUGAGUUAUGUGCUGAUGAGUUCCUUAGUUGCACAAAACCCAGCAGCAUUGGUAAUGGGCACUCCUCCUUAGAAAAUGGUUGCAAACAUGUUGAUAGUGAACCCGAUACAAGCAAUCGUGAAGUGAACAUUCACUUGUCUCCGUGCAGAAGUGGCCCCUCUACUAACUCGGCAUUGGUAUGUUCCAUUCGUUGCUGCACUGGUUGUUUAAACAUCAUCUAUGAUGCGACAAAAAAUAUUCUUCAUAGCAAGUUUGGAUUAAAUCAGAAUAAUUGGACCGUGGAGGAUGUUCAUGAUUUUGUUGUGGCGCUUUCAGUUGAUCUUCUUGCAGCAGUAAGACGGGAAUUUGUUGAUGGAAGCAACAAUCGUGCAUUUAACGACAGACGAACGGGAGGAAAGGAGGACAGGUUYGAAUCCUUGGACUCAAGAACUUGUUGCAAAAGUUCCAAAGAUAUGGCUUUGAUGCCAGUGGAAUGUAUUUGCCAUUCUGAAAAUGAAACUUCAAGCGAAAGAGUAAAUCCCUCUCCUUACUCGGAAUUCGGGCUCGACCCAAACUUUAUAUUCAGAGAUGGUGUACUGGUUAAUUUAGAUCCUGAAAAGAAUGUUUCGUUUCACUGUAAAUUGGAGACUUUGUGCCUCUGUUCUCUUACAGAGUUGAUAGUAAUGGCAAAUAAGCCUUUUCGUUGAUCAGAUUAUCUUAAAAGAAGAGUUUGGAUCAGCCAUGGCACAUCUUUAUGCCUCA